AGUGAGGGACAUGCCAGGAGGUUUACACACAUCUUGGAACAGGUUUCAGCCGCUACGACUCCCCAUGCUCCACUUUGACCCAGCUAAACCAGUUGCUCCAGUUGCUGGUGCCGGGGCUGGGCUGAUCUUGUCUCUCCGUCCCAUAGCUGGAGCAUGGAAGAGUCUUUUUCAUCCCUGGGGUUUGGAGCGGGGGGAGCUGCCGUGCCAGGGCCGGGGGCAUCGCGGUGGCACCUGGUUUUGCAGCCCCAAAUAGCCACGCUCCCCUUCAACAAGCCCUGAUAGUUGCCGUGGGCUGGCGUGGACCACUGCUGGGCUGGCCACAGUGUCCAUCCCUGCUUGGGGUCCCCAAUUAAGACACGUUGGGGAUGACACCAGGCCCAGGACACGGGGGUGGGCGCAAACCCCCUGGGAUGCACCCCGACCCUGAGCUCUCCCCCCCGCCAUGGGGGGGUCCUCAGGUGCUCCGGGGUCCCCGAGGCCGGGUCACCACUCCCUGCCUGUGGGGGACAGCCCUGAGCGGGGGAUCCCGGGCUCGACCGGGAGGUGCCGUUUCUCCUGCCGCCUGUGAUUUGGUUGCAUCCUGUUGCGGGGCCGCUGCAGCACCUGCUGCCUCCUCACCCCGUCUUAGCACCCCGAAUUCCAGGGGUGACGAGUCACGGGCCCGCCUGGCUCUUGGGGCCGGUGAUUCACCCCAAACCUGUCCCCUUCCCUGCCGAGCUUGACUCACCCCAGCGGUUUCCCAAGAGACCAUCACGGUCCCCUGACGUGGGGCUCGGCGGAAGUCCCGUCCCUGUCCCCCCCGUCAUCCCGGGGAGGGGGCCGGGCCGGAUGGGGCUGCAGGAAGCCAAUUCCUCCCCCGUGAGCUGGUGUGACGGGUGCGGGGUGGGGACCGGGCUGCCCGGUGCCGGCUGGAGCCUCCCCAUCCCUGUGGAAAGGUGGAGUGAGUGCAUCAGGGCUCAGCAGAAACCGGGCUGGUGCUGGUGGCAGCGUGCUGGGGACCUCCCUUCUCCAAGUCCCCAAAACACAGCUGGUGGGGGGUACCCACGCUGCGCCAGGGCCCCCAGAACCCCACUCCCACGCGCUGUCUUUAGGGGGAGGGGUGCUGCUCUCCCCGGCCUCUCUCCCCGUCAUCUUGGUGUCGCGCUGCCGCGGGGACGCCGGGACACAGCGCCCGUGGCGCGCGAGGAAGGAAGGGGUGGCUGGCGAUCAGGGACAUCCCUGCCAUGCUCCCGGCAGAGACGGUCCCCAAUGUCACCCCCACCCGGUGUCCCCACGGGGCUGUGUUUUGGGGACCACGUGGGGUUUGUUUGGGGCCGGGGGGCCCCGUGGGAACGGCGGUGCUGCGGCGCGGAGCUGCUCCGUCUCCCAGGUGGAAACCUGCCAGGGCUGCCAUGUUAUAAAUACACAAUGAUUAAAGGGGAACGCUCGGGCAGUUCCAACCCCCUAAUUAAUUUGGAUUAAUUAAUUUUUACAAAGCCCACUAUUAAUAGGGAUGAUGUCAGAGGGUGGCUGAGUCACAACUCUCACUCGGUGCGGGUCGAGCCCGGCCCUGGGUCUGCAGCACUGCGGCAUCGCGGGCUGGGACAAGCCACCGUGUCGAGGCGUGGCGGGACGCAAGCGGGGUGCUGGGGACCACAUCCCCAUCUUCAACACAACCCCGUCCCCCGAGGGGUGUAUUUGGGGGUGAGACCUGUCCUGCACCCCCAGAAAGGUCCAAGUGAUUCUUGAGCUCCACGGGAUGCUCCAGCCCGCUCUGUCCUCCCGUGUCCCUCCCCUCUGCCCCGUGGUCCCAUCCUGCUCCCCCCCCCGGAGCACCCCCACGGCGGCAGAGCCCAGGCAGGUUCCCGCCAGCGGGACCGAGCGCUGAAUUUGGUCCGCUGCCCGCGCUGGGAGGGAGGAGAGGAGGACGUCUGCACGUCCGGGCGUUGUCUGUACGUCCGUCCGGCUGCAAUAGGAAACCCAACGCCGUGGCACGGGGGACAAAGCGCUGCGCUCUCCCCUCCUGCGGCGCAGGGUAUAAAACCUCCCGGGGCGGGGGCCGCGACCUGCCUGCAGCUCUCCGUCCGCAGGCGAGGGGGCCCCAGGCCACUGCCGUGCCGCGGCACCAUGGCCACGGGCGAGCUGACCGAGCUGGAAACGGCCAUUGAGAAGAUCGUCACCGUCUUCUUCACCUACGCGGGGAAGGAGGGCAAGAAGGGCACGCUGACGGCCAGCGAGUUCAAGGAGCUGGUCCAACUCCAGCUGCCCAACCUGAUGAAGGACGUCCCCUCCCUGGAGGAGAAGAUGAGCGAGUUGGACGUGAACAACGACGAGGAGCUGAAAUUCGGCGAGUACUGGCGGCUGAUCGGGGAGCUGGCGAAGGCCAUGCGGAGGGAGAAAGCGGGGAAGAAGAAAUGAUGGGGCUGGCGGAGGAGACUCGGCCGACGUGGAGCUAAUAAAAGAGGUUUCGCUGA